UGGACAGAGGUCAAAACAACUUCAGAUCCACGUAAGCAUUCAUGGCCAAAAUCUCGUGGUAGCUAUUGCCAUUUUGUGCUGUAUAAAGAAAAUAAAGACACCAUGGAUGCUAUUAAUGUGCUCUCCAAGUUUUUAAGAGUUAAGCCUAAUAUAUUUUCCUAUAUGGGGACCAAAGAUAAAAGAGCUAUCACUGUUCAGGCAAUUGCUGUUCUCAAAAUAACUGCACAGCGGCUGUCCCAUUUAAAUAAGUGUUUAAUGAAUUUCAAGUUGGGAAAUUUCACAUACCAGAAGCACCCGCUCAAGUUGGGCGAACUUCAAGGAAAUAAUUUUACAGUCAUUUUAAGAAAUAUCACUGGAACAGAUGAACAGGUAGAGCAAGCCAUGACCUCACUCAGGGAUAUCGGCUUCAUAAAUUAUUAUGGCAUGCAGCGUUUUGGUACAACCGCUGUUCCAACUUACCAGGUUGGAAGGGCUAUUCUUCAAAGCAACUGGGAAGAAAUGAUAGACCUUAUAUUAAAGCCAAGACCAGGAGCUGAAAAAGGAUAUUUAGUUCAGUGCAGAGAGGAAUGGGCAAAUACAAGGGACCCAGAAGCUGCACUCAGAAAAUUGCCAGUCAAGCGUUGUGUGGAAGGUCAGCUGUUACGUGGACUCUCCAGAUAUGGUCUGAAGAACAUUGUGACUGCUUUUGGCAUAAUUCCUAGGAACAACCGAUUGAUGUAUAUCCACAGUUAUCAAAGCUAUGUCUGGAAUAACAUGGUGAGCAGGAGAAUUGAGGAGUAUGGACUAAAAGUUGUACCUGGUGACCUUGUACUAAAAGGA